AUGAGGUACACCUCUGGCAGCACUGGAACGCCCAAAGGUGUUUUGGUACCGCGGCGCGGUGUCCUGAAUGUUCUGCACUCCUUUGAUGCAAUGGUCAGGGGCUCCUCGGAGCGCGGAGCUCGGAAAAUCCUGGCCACAACCACCUAUUGUUUCGACAUCUCGGUUUUGGAGAUCUUUUGGCCACUUUGCUUCGGAUUCUCGCUCUUCCUGGUGUCCGCCAACACCGCCAGGAACGGGCCGAGGCUGGCCAGGCUGCUAGAGAGCCAGGGUGCCGAUUUACUUCAGGGUACGCCAGCUUUGUGGCGCUCUUUGGUGGCUGCUGGCUGGCAAGGCCAUCCAGGUUUGUCCGCCAUUUGCGGCGGAGAGGCCUUCCCCGUGAGCUUGGUGAAGCCUUUGCAGAUGGCAGCGGGCGCUGGCGUGUGGAAUGCUUAUGGCCCUACGGAAGCGACCAUUUGGGCAACAACGUAUGCCUUUGAGUCCAGUAGCUUGCUUGCCUUUGAGUCCAGUAGCGCCCAGAGUGUUCCCAACCAGAUCGAGCCAGGCUUUGAUGCUUCGGUGCCCAUUGGCCUGCCAUUGCCAAACGUCCGUCUUUGCAUGGAGCAGGUGGAGGAGGCUCGAGUGGAAGAGUCUGCUGACGGUUCUGGUGAGCUCCUGGUGGGAGGUAUUGGUGUGGCACUAGGCUACCACUGCCGACCGGAACUCACAGCUAAGAGCUUCGUGCAGCGGUCUGGAGGCUUCCAGUUUCUGGGCCGGAUUGAUCAGCAGGUGAAAUUUCGUGGCUUCCGCAUCGAGCUGGGUGAGAUUGAGUCUGUGUUGGAGCGUCACCCUGCCGUGCUGGCAGCGAUUGCAGCUUUGAGCAGCAUGUAUGGGGCCUUAGGAUGCUUCGGAGAGCGUGAAAGAGUGCUAAGGAGGAUGGAUCAAAAGGAGAUAUCUCUGGCAAAGUUGUGGCGUGACUUGGCUUUACUUCUCAGCACACUGGUGCCCACCUUGCAGAGGUUUCACCCCAGCAUUGAAGCAGCCACCUGGCCGUUCUACGAGACGCUGAAAGAGAAGGGGGAGGAAGUGGAGAUCGUGUUCGUGUCCGGAGACAAGUCCCAAGAGGAAUUCCAGGACUGGCAUUUGUUGUGCCAGCUCUCGGAUAGUCUGGGUGAGGUUAAGGUUCCUGAGUUUUCGACUUUUGAAAGCCAGGAGUAUUUCCAAAAUCAUCAUGGCGAUUGGUUGGCAGUGGACUUUGGGGCAAAGAAAGAAAUGCAAGAGCUCUCCCAACACUUUGGCAUAGAGGGCAUUCCCAGCCUCAUCGUGCUGGACCACAAGGGCAAGGCCAUCACGAGCAUUGAAGGCAGAAACGAUGUGGCUUCUGCUCGCACUCCUGAGGCAGGGAACAGCUUACUGGGCAAACAACCUCCAAGACAAGGCUAG